AUAGUCGAAAAGUGAGCUUUAUUGAAAAUCAUAAAGUAAUAUGCUGUGAAACUGAAAACCUGUCAUAUAAGGAUGAGAUCUUGGAAGAAAAGUCAUUGUUGGAAGAAAGUGUAUUAAAAUUGACACAGGAACAAGAAGUACAAAACACAUAUAUAGAAAAGUUGAAGAAGGAUGCCAAAUUUUAUAUGGACGAAGCUUUAAAUAAUGAAAAGGAACUGAGUGAGCUGAUAGAAAAACAAAAAAAACAUAUUUCUGAAGCAAAAGAACAAAUAAAACAGCUUACAAGUAAAUUAGAAGAUGUUCGUAAUGAAAAUUCAAAAUUACAGGAAGUUAUUGGUGCUGCAAAUGGCAAGCAAAUGAUAAACAUUGGGUGUCAGACAAUCCUCCCAAACAGGAAACAAAUAGCAUGUCAAACAGAACAAACACAAACAGAAAAAAAAGCUAGUGCAACACAAUCACUUGAAGAUGAAGAUUUUUCAAAAUACAAAGACCAGAGUACCCCAAGCAUACGAAACGACAUUCCUGUAAUAAAGAGCAGGAUGUUGAUAGUUGCAGGUUCAAAUGGGAAGGAUUUAGCAAAUAUUGUAUUAAGGCAAUCAAAUAAGUAUGCCGUACAAGCAAUAAUAAAAUCAAAUGCCCCAGAUGAUGAACUCAUAAAAACUGCUGUAUACUAUUCUUCUAGCUUUACAAGAAACGACAUUGUGCUCAUAUGGACUAAAAUCCUCCAUCUUCAACUUAUCGAGACAUAUAUCGAGAAACUAAUGCAUACAAACCCUAUAAUCAUCACUAGACCAUACAGAUACGACCAAAUAUAUAAAAACCAUGGAAUAUAUAUGGAAAACUUAGCAUUCGUCAAGGCUGUGUUUAAUAGAACCAAUGAACUUGGGCUUGUUUUUGAAUGUAAUUCUGCACUAAGGAAGACAAAUUAUCACACAGAUGGAUUCACUAUAAAUAGGAUUGGAAAGUGGUAUCUAAUGCAAUCUCUACUUCGCCAUGAAGAUAAGCACCUUACUGGGAUUAACAAGUUUAUGGAGACAUGCUGUGUAUCUGAAGAAAAAGAAAAUGAAGUAGUACAAACAUACUCUAAACCAGAUGCAGAAACAAACAACAAAAAACUUUCAGCGAGUUUAGAAAACAAUACUAUUUCUAGUGAUAUUUUAGUGAAGAACUCAACUGUUGAGGGGACAAACAAACAAGAUAAUUUUUUAUACCCCAGACUAUCACAGCUCAAUCUGCAACAAGUGUAACAAAGGUUCUACUAAAUAAUAUAAACGUUAGUAAAUGUUAGUAAAGGUGAUAGUGUGUGUCAUGUAUAUGUCCAGGGAUUUGUUAACAACUAUAUCUCUAUCGAGAUUUUUG